UUAUAACAACACCUAUGAUGUUCAUACAUCAUGACCAUAGAUUACAUAUAUAUACACGGACUUCGGUCAUCUAUGUUCAUAGUGUGGUGAUAUAAAAAUGAUAACAGCAAUAUGAUAGUAUGUUUAACAUGUUAGAUGAUAGACGUAAAGCCAUCAACCAUUCAAAUAAUUAUUAAUUAAAAUAACAAAGGUUUAAAGAUUAGUAGAAUUUUAAAAGGCGUGUACAACUACUGACGAGUAGACAACAGAGAACAGAUCACAAUCCCUGGAGUAUAUUACAAUUUAAUUUAAAUAUACCUAAUAUUUAAAAGUGUAUUUUUAUUUACGAUUAUUAUGGCGUUGUGUGUGGCUGUAGUCAGCAAAGAGAACGCGCCAAAAUAUGUAACUUCUUUAAAUCCAGAAGAUGAAUUACAAAUUCAAUAUGAAAUACAUUCAUCAAUUGACUUUGUUGAAGAAAAAUUGAAAACUGGUAAAAAGGAUAUGCGAGAUUUAUAUUUAGGAUUAUUGUACUCUACAGAAGAUCAUAAAAUUUAUGGAUAUGUGACAAAUACUAAAGUAAAAUUUUUUGUUGUGAUAGAUUCUGGAAAUUUGUUACUUAGAGAUAAUGAAAUACGUUUUAUGUUCCGAAAAUUACAUACAGCUUAUACUGAUUUAAUGUGUAAUCCAUUUUAUAUUCCUGGAGAUUAUAUUACAUCUGAGAAUUUUAACAAAGUUGCUCGAGGUAUAUUAACUGGAAACUCGUAAAUAGAUUAAUAAGAAUCAUUUUAAUUGGUUUCUGAUUUAUCCUUAAUAAUUAAUAUAUUAUGUUUGGUAACUAUGAAUCAUAAAAAUAUUUUUAAUUUGAAAAAUGUAUGAAU